CAGAAAUGCAUUUAACCGGGAAAGAAGUCAUUAAAAUCAGAAAUGCAUGAAUGAUUCUAUUUCUCGCCGUAUCCAUGGUUAGCAAAUCUAAUGAUACUUCACAGCCAAUGCGCAUGUGAGAUGCAUACAAAGGGCUUAUUUUUUCCCCCACUGUGCAAAACAAAGUGUGGAAACUUGCACAUGACGAGUGGAGGCGUGACCCAGAUGUGGGGCACAUAUGAGCGACCUCAGAGUUGAGACAGGCACCCAACGUCGUGCUGCCGACCUCCCGCACAAGUUCCCCGGUCGGCUGAAUGGAGCAAGUCAACGGAGAAGUGGCUAUAAAUGCCUGCUGACCACCUGAAGACCGGCCACACUCAAGCUAUGGACCCCAAGUCAUCUCUGUUCAAGGUCAUUUUAUUGGGCGACGGCGGUGUGGGGAAGUCGUCCCUCAUGAACCGCUUUGUUACCAACAAAUUUGAUUCAAACCUCUUCCACACGAUCGGGGUGGAGUUUCUCAACAAGAAACUAGAGGUGGACGGCCAAAGUAUCAGCCUCCAGAUCUGGGACACGGCAGGCCAGGAGCGCUUCCGGAGCCUGCGCACACCCUUCUACCGCGGCUCCGACUGCUGCCUGCUCACUUUCAGCGUGGAUGAUGCGCAAAGCUUCCUCAACCUUGGCAACUGGAAGAAAGAGUUCAUCUACUACGCUGACCUCAAGGAGCCCAACAUGUUCCCCUUUGUUGUGCUGGGCAACAAACUGGAUGUGGACAAGCGGCAGGUGUCGAGGGAGGAUGCGCAGCAGUGGUGCCGUGACAAUGGAGGACUGGCCUACUUUGAGACCAGCGCCAAGGAUGCUACUAAUGUGGCAUCUGCCUUUGAAGAGGCAAUUCGUCGAAUCCUCACGCUGGACAACCGCGUCCACCUCAUCCACAACAACACGGUGGACCUGAGUACAAAGAGAGGCUCUGAUUCCAGCUGCUGCUGAAGUGGUCUCGCCUUUGGGUAUCCUAUCCCUUCCUCUUCCCUCCUCCCUAUCCAUAAUAGCUGUAGCAAGUUAUGAACUAUAGAGGUUGGUACCGUCAGGUCCGGUCCAUUCCUCCAUAGGGCCCUGAAUAAAAUUUGAUUUUGAGAAAGGAUGCACCAAUACUGUACGUCUGUACUCGCACUAUUAAAAAUGCUCAUGAAUCGUCAUGCAGCGACAGCAGCGGCCUGUCUUUCGCAACCAACUACAAUUGAAACCUUAAGUGAAUGGACAGAGAAAAGUCUCCAACUCUGCUUUGAUCAUUGAGCUGGGACAUUUAAAACACACACACACACACACACACACACACACACACACACACACACACUAUGUCCAGCAGAUAGCAGCAUUGGGUCUCUUGGAUGAAAUCACCGUGCAUCAAAACAGUGCUUGAUGCUCGUGAAUAUGGCAAGGGUAGAUAGAUAGAUAGAC